CCCUCGCUUAACAGCCCGCGUGCAGGAGGAGAACUGGGGGUGCGGCGCAGGCUGCCUCGGAGCUCCUCAGCACAGCGCCGUGGCACAGCCCCGCUGAGGAGGGCUGCGCGGUGAAGGUUGCGUCGAGCGUACGAGGACGCGGCCGCUGCCGGCGCAGCCUAUGAGCGACCUUAACGCUGGCAGUAGGGAGCGCUUAUUUCCCUGAUAGCUUGCAUGGAGCGGCCUUGUUGCGUUCUGGAUAGCGCGCCGCUUCCCAGCGCGUCCAGGGAAGGGCGGCGAACGCUCCCCAAGAAAAGCUGGCAGGGAGACAGGGAGAGCGCGGGCAGCGGCAGACCUGGAGAAGGCCAAAGCGAGCGGUUGUGUGUGAGGGAAGAGCCCGCCGGGCGGAGAUACAGCAUGCUGCUCUGCCCGCCGUGCGGGGGGCUGCGUCCCGCCUCAGCUGGGGCUCCUGAGAGGUGGCGGAUGGAGAGGAGCAGCUCUCGCAGCAAACAACCCCUGCGGCAGCGAAGGGCUUCUGACGCACGGGUAGGAGCGUUUCCAGAAGCUGGUGUUGGAGCCUUUGUGGUUUUGACAAGGGUUCCCAAACUCUCCGCGCUGUGUGAGGAGAUUGAAAAACUUAGAAUGGCUGGAGAACAGAAACCGUCCUGCAAUCUUCUAGAGCAGUUUAUUUUACUAGCCAAAGGUACAAGUGGCUCAGCUCUGACUGCUCUGAUAAACCAAGUGCUGGAGGCUCCUGGGGUUUAUGUCUUCGGAGAGCUGUUGGAAUUAACAAACGUGCAAGAGCUUGCUGAAGGGUCUAAUGCUGCUUAUUUCCAGUUGCUGAACCUGUUUGCGUACGGAACGUACCCAGACUAUGUAGCAAACAAAGAUAACCUGCCUGAAUUAACAGCAACUCAGAGAAACAAGCUGAAACACUUGACAAUAGUGAGCCUGGCUUCUAGAAUGAAGUGCAUUCCCUACUCCGUGUUGCUGAAGGACCUGGAUAUGAGGAAUCUGAGGGAGCUGGAAGACCUGAUUAUAGAAGCGGUUUAUACAGAUAUUAUCCAGGGGAAGCUGGAUCAACGAAACCAGAUGCUAGAGGUGGAUUUUUGUAUUGGCAGAGACAUUCAGAAGAAGGACAUCAGUAACAUUGUCAAAACACUCCAGGAAUGGUGUGACGGUUGUGAAGCGGUUCUUUUAGGGAUUGAGCAGCAAGUACUUAGAGCCAACCAAUACAAAGAGAACCAUCACCGAACUCAGCAGCAGGUAGAGAUGGAGGUCCAUAUCUUCAUGGGAAUGAAGUUUGGAAGCAGUGCUGUCUGACUCUCCAGACUCUUCCUGAAGAUGCAGUUGAUCUCACCAGCCCUGGUGUCUCAGUCGCUGCCUUGUGAUGAGCACAAUCCUAACGCUGCCCUGCGCCGAUGCAGUAAGUAACGUCUCGGUGUUUCAUUGUCACCUUCGCAGCUGUUAGAGAGCACUGGGUCCUACAGGACCACCUGCCAGCUGUGAUGCUGUUCAUUUUACAUCACCAUCGUGAGAUGACACCUCUCCUUGCCGGCAGACAAGCCAGGUGGGUAGGUGUCGCUCCUCAGAGCUGCUUUGCAUUUAAGAAGGGGAAGUCUGUUGCCUGAUUUAGCACAGUGAAAAUCAAGGACGCGGGACAGGUUUUAUAGAGAAGGGGCAAAGCACAGAGCUGUGUCCCAUUCCAGCUCUGCUACAGCAGAAAGCAACCCUGGGCAAGUCAGCCUCUCAGCAGCUGAGUUUCCCUGGACAGCUUCUCUCGUGUGUGCUGACUUUGUGACAGAAGUUUGUGAAGUCUCCUAACUGGGCAGAGCUUAACUGCUGAUUUAAUUGAAGAAGAUGCGAUGCGUGUGUACGGGAGGGGGGGGAAUCUCAAAGCUUCUUAAGCUUUUCUAGAAGUCGUCUUCCUCUUGUGUAUCAUUCCCUUCUUUUCCCCGAUGCAAAUAAGGUGCUUCACUGUGGGAAUACUGGCCUGGAGUAUUAUGGGUAGUAUGCCAGGUUAAUUAUGGAGGGGGCAGGAAAAAUAGCCUAUGCCUUUUUCAACAAUAUCAAAGGGAUGCUACCUAAUGAUUUUCCUAUUAGCUCUUUUCCCAGCCUGCCAGAGUCACUGCAGAAAUGUCAUUUACAAAGGCAGUUUGCAACUCAUUACCCUGGAUUUUCACUGUAGUUCUGCUCCAGAGAGCGUGGGCUUUUGCUGUGUGCCCCAACCUAAUGAAUUGCCUGAUUCAGUUAGCGCUGCCAUCCCUUCUGACAAGGUUAGUCGCUGACUGACAGGAAGGGGCCUGGAUUCAAUUCCCUUUUUGUUUUCGACUCACGCUUGUGUCAAGCACAGGCUCCCUCUGGAAGCUGCCCUGUGAUCCUUUCCCGUCGCUUUUCUGCCUUCUGAGGGAAGCAGCCCAUACUCAGAGAAGUCCUAGAGCAAAUGGUGGGGGGUGUGCGCAGCUGCCCUCAGCGGUCCCUACUCACUGCCUCAAGUCCUGUGCCAGCUGGAAAAUUCCACUGCUCUCCUGCUCUGGGGCUCUGGGCUUUUCUUGCUUAUCAUUGGUUUGGGGCUUGCUGUCACCUGAGCUGGGCUUUGUGACCCUUCAGCAAUAAAUACCUUGGAAAAGCUGUGUUUUACAGUGCCAGGGAAGAAACACGCGUGGUGGCCUAGGAGAAUAGAACAGAUCUGCCACGUGUGGGAGAGCACCUGUGUCCUUAUUUCUGGGAGCUCCAAGGUCUGCCCCGACCUCUUUGGCCCUUGCGAGGCACUUGUACAACAGCCCUAGAAAGAACUCCUGUCCUUUCCCACCAGCCAGCCGUGUGCUUUUCCAGGCUGUGGGUCCGUGGCUUCAGGAGUAGCUCCUGAAGAGAGGAAAUCAAGGUUUCCAGGUGUGCCGACCUCUGUCCACCUCUGCUAAAUGCUGUUCUCUGAGCUCACCUUUAAGAAGUCGGCUGUCACCCCCCUGAGGCUGCAGCUUGCCUCCAAGGCAGCUCGUGCUGUUCAGUGAUGCUGUGUGCGUGCUGGGAUGUGGUGAGGAAAUUUUCCAGUGCUGGCUGUGGAUCCUUUUGAUGGAUGUCAUGAGGAUUUGACCUGGUUGGGCCACACUAGGGGCGGUGAAGUCAGAUCCAUUUGCUUCUGCUGCACGUGAUGCCUUCUCCCCUCUUAAUUGGAUUCCUGCAUCCCCUCUUUCCUCCCGGCCUCAUUUCCUACUGAGCCCCUGUUAGGGGGACCUCACUGUGGCCUUACCAGAUGCUGGCUGUGCUCUAACGAGCCGUUUCCCUUUCCCGUUCUGGCCUGUCUGCCAAACCAGGGAGGUGCUCUGAACGCCGACCUCAGCUCGCCGUGCCGCGCUGCCCUGCCGACCCUCCUUCCUGGCUGUGCCGUGUGGCGCUGAGUAGACAUGAAGGUUUUCCCAAGUGCUCUUUCACCCCCAAGUGCUGCCUUCUUUCUUCCGCAUCAGCCGGCAUCCCCACAUGGGCACGGUGUUCCGUCCUGCAGGUGGGAAGCCGGUGUGCUGAGGGGCGGAGUGACUUCUCUGUGGUCAGAGAGGAAGCAGUGAAGCAAGGAGCCGAGCUGUUAUCCCCUCCCUUGGCACAGGGAGCUCUCGCUGUUGGCCCUGCUCCUGCCAAGCUGGUAUCCUUCUGUCCUCUUCCUUGGGCUUGCUCUUUCCCAGGAAGCCCAGUGGGCAGAAGGGCCCAGUGCUCUGAGGCUGUGCGUUUCCCUUCAGACUGUGCUCCGCAGAGGAGAAAUGUGAACCCAGAGCAUGGGGAGCCCCAGGCUGUGAUCUCUGGGGUUGCCCCCAGCCCGAGCUCAGGCUGUGCACUCUGCUCAGGUUCUCGAGCUUUGCAGAGAGAACUGAGCCAGUUCCCUCCUCUCUGCUGGACAGAGCCCUCAGUCAGAUGGUUCCGUCCUAGCUCCGAGCCUUACCUUCAUCUCAACCUGGUGCUAUUUGCACUGUGCAGAAGGACCAGGAGCCAGCAGGCAGCCAGCAGGACCAUCUCCUUACCCUGCUGCUAGACCUGGUGUGUGUGGUCUGAGCUACAGGUGACUCCUUGCUCUCUGUCCCUUGGGUUUGCUGGGUGACAGACAGCCCCCUCUGACAGGCGUCACUUCAGGAGCACCUGGCACAGCCCCUCCUGUCCCUUGAAGGUGUGCAGAGCCCGUAGGGUGUGCUUCACAGGCGCAGUGUUUGCCUGACAGGGCCCCGAGGGCUGGUUGUCAUCACCCAGGGACAUCUCUGUCGGGCUGAGCUGAGGCUGGGCACGGAGCUGCCUCCUUCCCUCCCAGGAUGCGGGUUUUGUUCCCUGUAGGCAGUGUCUUACAUGGUCCAUGAGCUGCUGCAGGGCUGAACGAGGCAGGAAAUGCUGCGUGCAGGCUUCUAACCUGAUGGUUGAGCUGUCAGGGGUCAGGAUGGAUCCUGCUCUGUAAGCUCGCAUCCCCUAAUAGCUGGGGAGAGCAUGACUUGGGGUUUCUAUGGCUUCCUAGUGGUUGCUAAGGGGAGGAAUCUCUUUGCCUUUAGGUCUCGGUUACUCUUUGCCCUGCCCUAUGUCCCGGAGCCCAGGGGCACGCAGCGCCUGCUGCAGUGUGGAGGGCACAGUGGGUGCCUCCCAUCACAGCUGGGCUGGGUGCCUGCUGCUCUUUCCUAGGGCCGCUUUUGAAUAAGGAGACCCAAGAGCCUUCGUGCAGGUGUUUGCCCCUUUGCUGUGCUCCCCGCCCCCUCGCUCGCUGUGCCCUUCAGAGCACCGGGUCGUCUCAACCAUUUAUUUCACGCACUUUAUGUAGCAAGAAGCUGCGUCCGGGAAUGCUUCCCAGGCAGCUCCGGUGUAUCUUGGUGUACGCGCUGUCCCAGGCGCGGUUAAAUACAUCGCUGCUGCAGGAGAGGACUGUACAUCUUAGCAGCGAGAGGGAGCAUCAACAGCUGAGCCAGCCACCGGCUCCUGGAGCGCGAGCAGCUCCAGCACAGAGCUCUGCUCCCACGGCACGGCCACAUCCAGUGCUGGGACCGCAUCUCCGUCCAGCACCGCAUGGCACGAAACACCACGCCCUCCAGCCGGGCCGGGCGCUGCUGCUUUGGGCUCAGCCGGUUCCGCUCAGCACCACGCAGGAUCUGCUCCCUGUGAGCACGCAGCGCUGGGCAGGGUGGGAUCAAAGCCUCCAGCAGCCGCCGGCCUCGCUCCCGCUUCUCCUAAAGCAUCCGAACCAUUUCUCCUCUCCGCUCCGUUACAAUCAAUCAGGCUGACGUUUCAAUUGUACGUGGGUUUGAUAAAUAAAGACAUGUCCCCAAAUGCCA